AUGUGGUCAAAGUCGAGUACCAAGCCUAGUCUGGAGACUUACAUGGGGCCAAGGAGACUCCUCAAAGUCACAGCUUGUUCGACCGAGGAUGCUGGCGGUGGAGAAUCAAGCAGCGAGGAUGGAUUGCACCAGCAGUUGUCUCUGCGGCUCGUCGAGGUCGAUGUCGACAUGCUCGACAGCCCUUACAUAACGCUGAGCCAUUGCUGGGGUUCCUCUGAGCCAGGACGACAUCCCUCCGGCUUGACACUUCGAACGGAGACGCUCGAUGAAUUCUCGCAUCGUGGCAUCUCCAACGCGGCUCUGGACCAUCCGCACGCACGCACCUUCAAAGAUGCGGCGCGCGUCGUCCUCGACUUGGGUUUCACCUACCUCUGGAUCGACGCGCUGUGUAUCAUCCAGAACGACCCGUUGGACAGGAAGCGAGAAGUCGCCAAGAUGGACACGAUAUAUCGACGCGGGUUGUUCAAUAUUGCCGCCACGGGCGGUUUCGAUGGCCGGGAUGGUUUGUUCCUCGACGACAACUCUGCCUUUAUGUACCAGCCCGCAGAGUUCCCGCGACGUUCUCUAGGUGGCCGGGACAGGUUCGGCAUCUCUGGACCGGAAGAGCAUUUUGUGGCGUUUCUGGACCGCGAGCUGAAGGGCGUGGGUAUCCAGGAUCCCUUGAACAGCCGAGGGUGGGUACUUCAGGAGUGUCUACUCAGCGCCAGGGUGCUGUCAUUUUGCAAGGCGGACGUCUAUUGGUAUUGCAACACACAGAAAACCUCCACAACCUCAUCCGAUGACUUCUUCAAAGAGGUCCGGUGUUAUGAUGCCCACUGUGUGCGAAUGCCGCGAUUGCCACAAAAUUGGGUGCGGCUGGAGGCGAAUCUCAGUAACCAGACUCAGGCUCGUGGCUGGCAAACGAGCAUCGGUGAACAGAUAUCUGCAUGGCAAGAAGUCUUACGGCUGUACGGCCCUACCAGAGUCAGCUACAACGGGGAUCGCUUGGUCGCGUUGUCAGCCCUGGCUAGAAAUUUCUAUCGCGUCACGAAUAACCCAACCAUCAGUUAUGUGGCUGGGCUGUGGAGCUGCUGGCGAAACCGAUGCCGGCAGCUCACGUGGAGAAGCGACGUGAAUGUUGACUCUGAUGUGCGGCGGCAUCAAGUAUUCCCCGAAUUGCCAUCAUGGUCUCCAUUACGCCACCGCGGGAAAUUCGCCUUCGACGAUGAUGCCAGCGAUGAAGAUCCGACAUGGCGCAUCGAAGUGGUGGCCAUCGAGACGGAUUGGCAAGGGGUAGGGGGUGGUAUCUUCGGCGCUAUAAAGGGCGGCAAGCUGACACUCCAAGGAGCGCUGCUCGGGCGAGUAUCCGGAGAACCGCCAGUCGACGUGUUGUGGACGAAGGACGGACAUCGCACAGAGGCAUACCGCUAUAGCGAGCAUGACUCGAGGUAUGUCAUGAUCUUUCGAGGUCCUACAUCACUACAGGCACCGCAGGGCUGGCCGAUGAGAGGGUUGAUACUGGAGAAGACGCAUCAGCGUCCAGGACAAUAUGUGCGGGUGGGUCAUGUUAGUGUGGACGAGGGUGAGUUGCUGCAGGCCAAGUAUUGGUAUGGCGGCUCUGGCGGUAUUAGCAAGCCUGUGGAAGAUGACUACUUACAGUUUGCAUAUGGAACGUACAUCAUAGAACUUGUUUGA